AUGAACAUGCUUGUUGCUGCAACAGAUACAACAUCAGCCACAUCUGUUUGGGCUAUGACUGCUCUAAUGAAAAAUCCAAGAGUAAUGAAAAAAGUACAAGAAGAAAUUAGGAAUUUGAAAUCUAACAAAGACUUUUUAGAAGAACAUGAUAUUCAAAAUUUUCCUUAUUUAAAAGCAGUGAUUAAAGAGACAUUAAGAUUGCACCUACCAGCCCCGUUGCUUGUGACAAGAGAAUCUAGAGAAAAAUGUACUAUAAGUGGUUACAAUAUUCCAGCCAAGACAAUAUUGUAUGUGAAUGCUUGGACUAUUCAAAGAGACCCUAAAGUUUGGAAAAACCCUAAUGAGUUUUAUCCUGAGAGAUUCUUAGAAAGUUCUAUAAAUUUUAACGGAAAAGAUUUUGAGCUAAUACCAUUUGGAGCUGGUCGUAGAAUUUGUCCAGGUAUAUCUAUGGCAGUUGCAUCAUUGGAACUUAUCCUUGCUAAUCUUCUAUAUGUGUUUGAUUGGAAAUUACCACAUGGAUUGAUGGAGAUUGAUACCGAAAUGUUGCCAGGAAUCACUCAACAUAAGAAAAAUCCUCUUUGCCUUGUUGCUAAUAUCCAUAAGUAG